CUCUCUCAUCGCUCAUCGUAUUCUCUCUCUCUACUGCUCUCUGCUCGACCUUGGUCGGGUGGGCUAUAAAGAAAAGAGAGACCCCUUUCUUUCUUUCUCUCUCUCUAUCUUUCUCUCUCCUCAAACGUCAGUGAGGACAGCGAUUGCCCACGAAAAAGCUGUGAGUUUCAGCUGAGUUUAGCUCAGCUGAGCUAAGCGAAGCCUCCGCCAUUCAACAAAAGCCAAAGGGCAUCGCCAGGAUUUUCUCUUUUUUAAACUCUUUUUUUAAAUUUUAUUUUUAAUUUUUUGUUUUUCUUUGUCCAUGGAGGUUUUGGAAAAGGAAAAGUGGGCUGAGCUGGGUUGAUCUUCGGGUUGGGGUUUAAACGGUGCUGAUUGCGAGCUGAGAUUGGGGAUUUCCGGCCCGGGUUUUUGGAUUAAUGCAUGUCUGUCUAGAUUCGGGUUUGAAGUGAGGAUGGGGAUGAAAUGUGGGGCUGGGAUGAGGGUGUUGAAUUGGGUAGAGGGUUUAGGGUUUGACGAGUUGGACUUGCGAGUGGAUAAUUAUAAUUAAGGUUUUAAGUAUAAUACUUAUAUAUAUUUUAUAGAGAUAAAGGUGGAUAAAAUAUGAAGCUUUCAACAUCAGGGAUGGGUCAGCAGGCUCAUGAAGGAGAAAAUAAUAAGUGCUUGAAUUCAGAGCUAUGGCAUGCUUGUGCUGGUCCUCUGGUGUGCCUUCCAAUAGUGGGGAGCCGGGUGGUUUAUUUCCCUCAGGGUCAUAGUGAGCAGGUUGCAGCCACUACUAAUAAAGAAGUUGAUGCUCACAUACCCAAUUACCCAAACCUGCCUCCACAGUUAAUCUGCCAACUUCAUAAUGUUACAAUGCAUGCAGAUGUUGAAACAGAUGAAGUGUAUGCUCAAAUGACAUUGCAGCCCCUCACUCCACAAGAACAAAAAGAUGCAUAUCUUCCUGUUGAGUUGGGAAUUCCAAGCAGGCAACCUACUAAUUACUUUUGCAAGACACUUACUGCAAGUGAUACUAGCACACAUGGUGGCUUCUCAGUUCCUCGCCGUGCUGCAGAGAAAGUUUUCCCACCCCUGGAUUUCACACAGACACCACCUGCACAAGAACUCAUUGCAAGGGAUCUGCAUGAUGUUGAAUGGAAGUUUAGGCAUAUUUUCCGAGGGCAGCCAAAGCGGCAUCUUCUGACUACUGGCUGGAGUGUGUUUGUAAGUGCCAAAAGGCUUGUUGCUGGAGAUUCUGUUCUUUUCAUCUGGAAUGAGAAAAAUCAGCUGCUUUUGGGGAUUCGCCGUGCCAUUAGACCACAAACUGUAAUGCCAUCAUCGGUGCUGUCAAGUGACAGUAUGCACAUUGGACUGCUUGCUGCAGCCGCCCACGCUGCUGCUACUAAUAGCUGUUUUACUGUCUUCUAUAACCCACGGGCUAGCCCAUCUGAGUUUGUCAUACCACUUUCGAAAUACAUUAAAGCCAUAUGCCACACUCAUGUUUCUGUUGGAAUGCGCUUCCGGAUGCUAUUCGAAACAGAAGAAUCAAGCGUUCGUAGAUACAUGGGUACUAUUACUGGCAUUGGGGACUUGGAUCCAGCUCGCUGGCCAAAUUCUCACUGGCGGUCUGUCAAGGUUGGUUGGGAUGAGUCGACUGCAGGUGAAAGGCAACCAAGAGUAUCAUUAUGGGAAAUCGAGCCGUUGACUACUUUUCCCAUGUACCCGUCCUUAUUUUCCCUUAGGCAAAAACGGCCUUGGUAUCCAGGAGCCUCAUCUUUUCAAGACAGCAAUAAUGAAAUGAUUAAUGGAAUGGCAUGGCUGAGAGGGGGAGGUGGUGAGCCAGGACCCCGUUCCUUGAACCUUAAUUCUUUUGGUAUGUUUCCCUGGAUGGCACAGAGAGUUGAUCCAUCGAUGCUCCAAAGUGAUCUUAAUCAGCAGUAUCAAGCUAUGCUGGCUGCGGGUCUGCAAAAUCUCGGAGGUGAAGAUUUGUUGAAACAACAACUUAUGCAAUUUCAGCAGCCGGUCCAAUAUCUUCAGCCUUCGGGUAGCCAUAAUCCAUUGCUACAGCAGCAGCAGCAGCAGCAGCAAGUAAUCCAACAAACUAUGUCUUCACAUAUGCUACCUGCACAGAUGCGAAUUUUAUCGGAUGGCCUACAAAGGCAACCACCACAGCAAACCAACAAUCAGACCGAGCAACAGGCCCAGCAGCAUAAUUACCAGGAAGCUUUCCCCAUCACAAAUGACCACCUUCAACACAGACCACUUUCAAAUAUUCCUUCCCCGUCAUUUGCUAAACCAGAUCUUGCAGAGACAAACUCGAAAUUUGUCUCACCGGUUUCCCCUUCCAAUAUGCAAAGUAUGAUGGGUUCCCUAUGCCCUGAAGGGAGUGGUAAUCUUAUGAAUUUCAAUAGGACGACUAGUCAGUCUAUGCUCAAUGAACAGCCACCUCAAAGAUCCUGGAUGCUUUCUCCGAAAGCUCAUGGACAAAUGAGUGCUUGUUCCAACUCAACGUCGUCACCAACUUAUCCUGGGAAAGAUGUGUCUAUUCAGCAGGAAAGUAGUGGUUUUGAUACCCGAAAUCAAGUUAUUUUCGGUGCUAAUGUAGACUCUCUUGGGCUCCUCCUUCCCACCACUUUGUCAAGUGCUACUAGUGCUUCAGUUGAUGCAGAUGCAGACAUGUCCUCGGUGCAAUUAGGGGCUUCUGGGUUUCAGAAUUCUCUGUAUGAUUACAUGCAAGACUCUUCCGAGUUGAUGCAUAGUGCAGGACCAGUUGACCCACUUACCCCAACUAGUGCAUUUGUCAAGGUUUACAAAUCGGGAUCUGUUGGGAGGUCACUGGACAUCACCCGGUUCAACAGCUAUCAUGAGCUUCGUCAAGAACUGGGUCAGAUGUAUGGGAUCGAAGGGUUGCUUGAAGACCCUCAAAGAUCAGGCUGGCAGCUUGUAUUCGUCGACAGGGAGAAUGAUAUUCUUCUUCUUGGAGACGACCCAUGGGAGGCUUUUGUGAAUAAUGUGUGGUACAUCAAAAUCCUUUCACCCGAGGAUGUGCAAACACUGGGGAAGCAAGAAGCUGAGUCCCUUAGCCGGAAUGUGGUGGAAAGGAUGAACACUAGCGGUGCUGAUGGUCGGGACUUUCUCUCUGGACUUCCAUCUCUAGGAUCGCUCGAGUACUGAGAUUCACCUUUACCUUUGGUAUCUUCCAAAGAUCUGCCUCAUAUCAUAUCCCCACCAGACUUCAUUAGCUUUGGUCUGUCUGUCACAGUCUCCCAUUUGUAUCCUGUAGUUUUCUUUUGCAAUGGUGUUGUAGGAGUUAAGUCUCCUUUUACUGAAGAGGUUAAGUCUCCACGAUCAGACAUCUUUUAGAUUGCGAAUCUGAACCUCCUGAAAUUUCUUGCUGUUUCUUCAAAACCUUAAAUAUAAAUUGCUUAUCUUGCAUUGUCUCU